UUUCAUUCUCUUUGGAAUAAUGAGUUGCGUUAAUUGCUCAUGUCUCCGUGACUAAUUUACUCUAAGUCUGUGAGAUCUAAUAAACACAGUGUUAAUAGUGGUUUGGCUGCUUUGGUUCCUUUAAAUCUUACAACUAACACAGUAAAAUGAUCUGUCCCGGGUUGUAGUUCCAGGGUUUGGAUAUGGAAGCGGCAGCAGAGACUCGACCUGAAGGGAUAGCUCAGAUAUGUGUUUGUGUGAAAUAACUCUGGUGUCAGUAUUUACCUGCAGUCAGGUUUUGUUCCAUAGAAUCAGGAAGAAAUAGGGAGUCAAGCUCGCAAGAAGAGAUGCAGUUCAAUCUGAAACAAUCAGACAUCAAACAUUUUAUAGCCAUUCAAGUUAACAUUCUGAUGUGGUUUUUUACGCCCUAUAACGUAAGAUAGUUAUUCUGUAUUAUAUUUGGGCUUUUCAGAAACAUUUGGACUGUCUUGUGUAAAUAUCCAUCUGAUGCAAAUGGGUCAAAAUGUAAACAUUUACGUAAAGGGUCUUGGGUGGAUUUUUUGGAUUUCCUAACAGGGAGCAUAAUUUUUUUCCUUUCACUUCCUCACCAAGAAAAAAGCCAUGAAAACAUUCCACUUUUGCAUUUUUUGAUUUGGGACAAUAAAGGCUUUAGUUUAAUGAAAUCAAUAAUAAUAACAAUGUAAUAGUUGUAAUAAUAUUAAUGUAAUAAUGAUGUAAUGUCAUAAUGUUACUCCUUUUCUUCAAACAACUCAAUCAUAUUUUUAAAAUUAUUCUGUUUCUUGUUAAGUUCAUUUGCUGAUUCAGUGAGUUAUAGGGACUUUAGAUAUGCUCUACCAAUCAGUUGACCAGGCAGGCAAAGGGCUACGGAUUGAUAAGCUAAUGGCUAGUCUUAAAUCAACCAGAAACAAAGCAAUUUGCUGCAGUCUAAAGAUGGAUCCAGUCUUUAAAAUUGUACGAGUUGGUAUUAUUUUAUUUAUCAGGUUUUUUGUGACGUUACUUCAUCUGAACUAUGUAACCCUCCCACUGUCUUCAUGGGUCCACUUGGCAGGGGUGAGGAGUGAGCACCACCUCACACCUGCCAAUGGACCUCAAGGGAUAAACCAUCACUCCUGCUCAAUGAUCAACUUUCCUCACUGGGUCACCCAUAAAGACAAUGGGAGGGUUAAAAAAAUCUGCUGAAAUGGACCCUUCGAUGCACCGGAUGUGCUAUAAUUAGCUCCAGCUAUAGUGAAAUGUAACUUUUAAAACAGCCUUAAGAAUUGUGUUAUGGGGCAUUUAUGACUGUAAAAGUUUAUUAAUGAUCUUUAAAGAAGAGCUGCCAAAGAUUGGAGAUGAUUGGAGAUCCAGAUGUUUCUGGAUUGCAGCAAUUGACUCUUUGCACGUGACGUCACGCUGCUCAUAGGACCCCGCCCCCUUUGCCAUGUUGAGCAGCUGAGAAACUGUUUAUGCAUGUUGAAGCUCCAGUGAAACUAGUCAAAGCAAGCCAGUUUGUAGCCUUUUAUUCUUUAAUUAAGUUGAUUUCACAAUUAAAUUAUAUUAGUUUGCUCUACUAACAGACACAUGUGUAAACUCAACUUUUCUUUUUAUCAUCUUAGUAAAUAGUCUGGUCUCUUCUCCCUUGGACUAAUGUCAUUUCCUCCUCUUUGGUCUGCCAGAAGUCUUUGCACAAAUGUCAAUUGGUUCAAAACUCUGCAGCUCGUAUCAUUACCAGAACACCCACGUGAUCAGGUGACAUAUAGUGCUCAGCGUAAAUGAGUACAACCCCUUUAGAAAGUACAAAUUUAAUCAGUAGCUCAAUGAACAAGCCUGGGUUUUAUUGAACACUUGUUUAACUCCAUAACAUGACAUUAAGGUUAAUAAUAUAACUUAGAUCACACAUUUUUCAGUUUUACUAAAAUCGGUCGAAGCAAAAAUGUAUACACCCCACAACUAAAACUACUACAUCUAGUAUUUUGUAUGAUCACCGUGAAUUUCAAGGACAGCACCAAACCUUCUAGACAUGGAAUGAUUUAAAAAGUAAUGUUAGUCAUUUUAAAUGGUUGAUAUCCGCUAUUUCCCACCAAUUCUGAUUUCCUGAAGAUCACAUGAUCAGAACACCUGUAGUUUGUACCUUUAUAUAAGUUUUUAUUUUUGUUGAUUUCCCAGUAAAAUGGUCACAGUUUGCUGUGAGGUUGGCUGCACUAACAGAUGAGGGUGUAAACUCAACUUGUCUUUAUAUCAUCUUAGUAAAUAGUCUUGUCACUUCUCACUUGGAUUACUGUAAUACUACUGAACUACUUGGAUUACUGGUGUAGUGUAAUGAUUUAUGGCUCUUUUAUUAAAGAGGAACCAUUCUACAGAAUAAUCUGGAAUAUUAAUUUUUACAAAUUAAUAACGAAAUGUUAUAGAGAUAAGAAGACUCAAAGGUUGUUUUCAUCGAUAAACUGACGAUCAUAUCCGCGUGUCUGUGUUUCAGUUCAAUGAAAAGACAAGUUUGAAAUUUAAGAGUUUUAAUUAAUCCUCACGCUACACUGGUCUGCCACAGAAGUCUUUGCAUAAACGUCAUUUGGUUCAAAAUUGCAGCUUGUAUCACUACCGGAAAACCCACGCGAUCAAGUGGUGUAUGUGCAAAGGGUCAAUACACUGUGGUUUUGUCUCUACCUAGACUAGCAGUUAGCUUAUCAGUCUUGAAGAGCACAAACAAUUCCUCUGAGCAGGAGAUGAGCAGGAAGAUUCCUCAUGAAUUACAAUUUCCCUGCAAUUCUCCCCUGAGAUUGCUUUGAUUGCUGCCUAAUGCAGGUAACACACUGACUACUCAUAAGUAUUCCGCAUAGACUCCAAACGCAUCUAUUAUUCAUUUAAGGCUAAGGCAGAUCUAGGGGUUAAAGCUGGAAGAGGUCUCUCAUUGUGGUACAGUGUGUUGAUAAAAACGAAAUAGCUCCCUGUCUUGUCAUAAUGAGAUCUGGCUCAGGCUAGAUGAUGUCAUGUUGGGGUUUAAGGCUCAUGUUCGCAUUUUGAAAAGCCUGUGUUGUUUGAAAGAGGGGUGGAUUCCUUGGACAGCUGUUGUGCCUAUUUUCUGUGGUCUCUCCUUUUCUCUCGCUUGAUGAGUUUUUUAGUGUUCUAUUAUCCCUACCGUAAUGAAACUACUUGAUAAAAGCUCCCUGCCUUUAGGUUUUAGAUAAACAUUCUGUAUCCAGCUCAGAUUAUCGCUAACCUCCUCGCUCUCAAGAGAUGAAAAGAUCAGCCCAUCACACCUCCAGGUUUCACUAAAGAGCUGGUCAGGUGCUCCUAUUGGUUCUGUGAAGAAAUGUGACUUGAUACAAUUGGCUGAGACGCAUUAAAGGGGACAUUUAAAAUUUUGAUUUCUUAAGUUAUAGUAGUUUUAUGGUCGAUACAAAUCAUGUUUAUGAAGUUUUUUGCUCUAAAUCCCUCUGACAUAAACCGAUUUCAGCAGUUUCAGUAUUUGCACAAUGAGCCAUUUCAGGGCUCUGUCACUUUAAGAAAACAAGCUGGGACUAGGCACGCCCACCCAUCCUCUGCUCAAGCUGCUAUAAGCUGAGAAGCUCCACUAUCCAGAAGGUGCUUGGAGUAGAGCUGCUGCUCCUCCAGCAGCAGCGUUGUGACAUCACAAAUAGGGACUUAGGAAAUGGUGUGUUUUAGGCACAUGAUUCCUGAAACCAAACACUGAGAGAAAAUGGAUAGACAGACCUUUUUUUUUUUACAUUUUGAGUGUUUAUAAAGGCAUCAGAGGCACGCAUGGCAGCACAAAAGGAUGUAUAAGGUGAGUUUUGCAGUGGAUACAAACUGUUAUGUAACUAUUCAGGCAGGUAUAUUUAGACACUGUUUUCAGCCUACAUGUUCAGCUCAUGUCCUCACAGUGUGUGACCACAGCUGUCACUGUGUGAUCCCUGACGGAGUCAUUCACAUAAUGCUUCUAACAUGAUGCUUGUCAUAUUUCCCCGCGUCGGAGACAUCUUUACUCCAAAAUGAAUGAGAAACAUCAGCGUUUAAAAAGCUUUACACGUUACUUCCGCUCCAGAGUCUACUUAAAACACACUUUGGCAAUAAGUCUAAGAAUAUCACUUCCUUAAACCAUGAUGAUGUCUAUUUUAGGUCUGGCUUCAGUCCACUCUCAGCACACUUGAGGUCAGGCAACAGUCAUGUCCGUGAGCAGCUGUGAAGACAUUCAUGCUGUCUGACGUUGGGAGGAAAACCGAUCUGCCCGAGCUUGAAACAAAACCACAAUACACACAUAAUAUAGUGUUCAGCUGUGAGGGCGAGUGAAAGAUUGUGACUGAGCGUGUGCAGACAUUGCUAUGUCCUCACAUGGCCAACAGAGGGCUGACAGGGUGAGCUCCUCCAACACCAGAGGGAGUUUAAUCACUAAAGAGCUUCCAAACCACAUAUAAAGGCAUUCGGUCGUAAUGUCAAUCCGAAUCCAAAUCAUGAUCUAGUUGUGCAGUUUUAAUAUCAGAUUCCCUUCCUUCUUUGUUGGGAAGGAAGGAAUGGUGAGAGCAUGAAGGGAAAAGCUGUUGCUGGUGAGUCAAUAGGAAGUGCUUGACUCUGAGACAGGAAGGGCUAAGUAGGUUAGUCCGGCUGAAGGAAUGCCUUAUCCUGUUAAGCCUAGAGUAAAUGAUGCCUUCAUUCAUUCAGCUGGAGCCACUGAGUUUCACAGCAACACAACUGGGAUGUAUUUAAUAGAUUUGAACAGUCCUACAGACUCAAGAAUGUAUAAGAGUUAAAAUCUCAACACUGUUCUGUUGAUCAAAUCAGAGCUUCAUAAUGGUGUUACUCACCUGUGUGAGUACAGCACUUCUCCUGGCUGUUUGAGGAACCUUAAUCUGAUUACCUGAAGGAUAUUUACGGCUCUAAGUCUGAAAUGAUCAAGGCCUGUCGCUGUUGUUGCACCCAGAGCGACAUGACGAAAGGUUGGGGAGGGUUCAGGAGGGUUAAAGGGCAAUCUUUUGUCAUGCUUAUGGGUAUUUGAUAGACAUGCGCCCCAAAAAAUCAAACGGUGUUUGAAUUGGUUGACAUUUGGCAAGAUCAGCUCAACCAGUGAUUAAAAAAUAUGGAAUUUAGAUCUUAAAGAGCAAGUCACCCCCAAAUCACAUUUUUUUUGCUGAUAAACUAUAUAAAGGAGUGUCUAAUCAUGCUACAGACAUGUGUAGUCAAUAAUUUGGUACUUCAGUGCAUCUUGGUUAAAAUUCAAAUAUUCUGCCUAAAACUGUCAGUGUUGCGCCGUCGUCAGGGAAAAAUUCUGCACUGUAUUUGAAUUUAAAUCUGCCACCGCUAUUGGCUAAGAGGUAUGCUAUGAUGUCAUCUGAUAUAUUCUGAUGUCAUAAUGCCAUUGUGAGCCUGUGUGUGUGUGUAUUUGUUAGCGGCUCCGCCCUCUUGGUCUGCCAAGCAACAGCAUUUGUUGCAUUUUUCAAACAUGAAGUGGGAAUGAAGUAAGUUUAUUGUAGGGGGUGACUUGCUCUUUAAGGAAAAUCGAUAAACCAGAAUCAGCAUCUCUCAUUUCUGACUGCUAAUUUUUGCUCCUUUAUGUUAAAAGUAUGGAGGAUUGCAUUCGUCUGGCCAGAUGCACAAAUCUAUCAUCGCUCCAACGAGAUGGACUUUGCGCCUCUGUUGCUAAUAGCCAAAUCUUCCCACAGACAUCGUCCUGAUCCUCCCACACGUCAUCUGCUGCAUCUCUGGGCUGCUUUCCACCCUCCAACUCAUCCACAAGCAGCUCACAGCAAAACAAACACUGCACUUGUUUUCAAUUUGACUCGUUUAGGUUUACAUGAGAAAAAAAAACUAAAGAAAACAGGAACAACUCUUCAUGCUUUCUGCAGGAUUACUUUGUCUUGUGCUUGUGUUUGCAAAAACAUGCCCUGGACACUCCAUUAUGAGUUUUCCAGAGAGGACUUCCAGGAGCCAAGGUCUCAGCUGACCCCUGUUUUUAUUCCCACAUCUAAUUCUAGAAGGACUGCUCAGUGUUUUCUUUUCUGUCUGCACACAAAUCACUCUCAUACAUCACCAGCUGACGAAGCGAUGCGCUCAACUGCACAUCAGCUUCCCUCUGCACCCGAGUCGUGCAAAAAAGAGGCAUGUUAAGCAAAAGCGCUGAAUUGGACUCAUAAAGACUGUUGUUUGGCUAUUGGUUAUGUGUUACAAUGUCCUCAGAUUAAAAGGUGUAAAUGCAAUCUUUUUUUAAUUAAAGAUGAAAAUUGGAUGUGAGCAUCUGUCAUACCAAGUUUUGCAGAUCGGUGCAGCAUUUCUACAGAUGAAUGAUCACAAAAGUUAAUCACUGAGUUUUGCAUUUACUGUCUUUUCUGCAGAUAUUCACUCACCUUUCCAGCUGAAUGAACUAAUAAAACAAGGAUAAGAUUUCUUACAAACAGCUUGUGGAAAUAGUUGACUCACACAUGGGAAAAUCUUUGUGUCACUUUGUCACCAGAAAGGAAACACUGAAGUGUGUUUUUGACUGAUUCUCAUGACCUCCGAGCUGAUUGAGCCUGAAACUGGGAUCAUGCUCCUUAAGGAUCCCUUCUGGACACUUUCUGUGACAUUUCAUUCUGCUGUGUUUGCGCGCAGCUACACGCGGAUUAGGCACGCGCGCUGUGAAGCGCACGCACACACCCGCCUCCUCAGAAACGGCUCUUGGUUGGUCCAUCAGUCGGUCAGUCUUUAUCCCUCCUCGUGCUGGAGGUGGCGGCGCGUCUUCAGUCUGGACCGAAACAAACGGCUCUAGACGGAGAGGUUCGAAUGCGUGAACGUUUCCAAACCAGAGAGUGAAGCCCGUGGUCUCUCUCUCUCUCUCUCUCUCUCUCUCUCUCUCUCUCUCUCUCUCUCUCUCUCUCUCUCUCUCUCUCUCUCUCUCUCUCUCUCUCUCUCUCUCUCUCGCUCUCUCUCUCGCUCUCGCUCUCGCUCUCGCUCUCGCUCUCGCUCUCUCUCGGGGCCAUCAGACGUUUAAUGCCGUCGGAGUUUGUCUGUUUUACGCCUGUAAAGAAAUAAACGGAGAUGCCUCGAGGGGAGAAGCUGAGUUGUGGUCUUUGACGUGUCCGGGACCCUGAGCGGACAGCGCGGUUGCGUAACGCGCCUGCGGGUCUUUUUUAUUUAUUUUUUGGAGAGUUUUGGAAGCGAGAACGUAAAGGAUGAGCAACUCCAGGAAUCUGAGGGACAGCGACAUUCAGAAGAAGAUCGAUCAUGAGAUCCGGAUGCGGGAUGGAGCCUGCAAACUGCUGGCAGCCUGUUCACAGAGAGACCAGGCUCUGGAGGCAGCGAAAAGCCUGCAGACAUGCAGCACUCGUAUCAUGACCUACAUGUCAGAGCUGCAAAGGAUGAAGGAAGCUCAGGUCAUGCAGAACGUCCCACGUAGAUCGUCAGACGCAGGGCCGUUGGAUGAAAGGAUGCCGUGCAAAGGGAAGGUGGCCAUCUCAGAUCUUCGGAUCCCUCUCAUGUGGAAAGACACAGAGUACUUCAAGAACAAAGGAGAACUUCACCGGUGUGCCGUGUUCUGCCUGCUGCAGCUCGGAGGAGAGAUCUUUGACACAGACAUGGUGAUAGUGGACCGAACACUCACCGAUAUUUGCUUUGACAACACCAUCGUAUUUAACGAAGCUAGUCCGGGCUUUGAGCUCCGUGUAGAGCUGUUUAGCUGCUGCUCGGAGGACGACUACUCGGCCGGAAGCACACCAAGAAAACUAGCCAGCAAGCUGAGCUCCUCGCUGGGGCGAUCAGCUGGGAAGAAGCUCAGGGCAGCCAUGGAUCCUGGACAGUGUAGUCUUGUUAGCAACGGCGGGGCGGCCCCUUUUCUCCUGCCUGUACCCGCUGUACCGGGUCCUAAGUAUCACCUGUUAGCUCAUACCACCCUGUCCCUUUCACACGCCCAGGACAACUUCCGCACGCACGACCUCACCAUUUCAGGCAACGAAGAGUGCUCCUACUGGCUGCCGCUCUACGGCAGUGUGUGCUGUCGCCUGGUCGCUCAGCCUCGCUGUAUGACCCAACAGAUGAUGAGCGGAUGUUUGAAAGUUAAGCAAUGUGGAGGUGACCCUCAGAGUUGGACAAAGGUGUACGCCGUGCUAAAAGGAACAAGCCUUUUCUGCUACCAGCAGCAAGAGGAUGUGGAGGCGAAUGUAGAGCCGGCUUUUACCAUUGGCAUCAACAAAGAGACCAGAAUACGUGCGUCGGAGAAAGACCCUCACAGUAAAGCGCAGAAUAUCUGCGUCAGUAACCAGUUCGGAGGGGAGGAGGUCACACACACGCUGACUACAGAGAGCCGAGAGGACACACACCGCUGGAUGGAGGCCUUUUGGCAGCAUUUCUAUGAUAUGAGUCAGUGGAAGCAGUGCUGUGACGACCUGAUGAAGAUAGAACUUCCGUCACCGCGGAAACCAGCUCCCAUCACACCCAAACAGGGGUCUCUUUACCAUGAAAUGGUUAUUGAGUCAUCCAAUGACCUGAGCAGCACCGUGUCAGACAUCUUGGCCCGGAGGAUGCAGGAGCUGGAGCUCCGCAGCCAGCUGGGCACAUCUCUCACCUGGAUGUCUGUGUUUGAGGAGAACAAUACAAAACCCGCCGGUUUCCCUCGUCACUGUACUUCUUGUCUGUCCGGCCACAGCCCCUGCACACCUCACCGCCUUCCCCGAAGCCCCGCGAGCCCCCAGCGCUGCCCUCGGCUGGGCCUGCUGUCCUCAGAUGCGAGUCUGACCUCGGACAGCGACAGCCACUGCAGUACCAGCCCCUGCUGUCACCGCCAUGGCUGGCCGGAGCCUUCGUCAAACCUGUCUCUACUGUCAUCUUCCCCCUUCGGUCUGAGGCCGCGCACUCUUUCGUUGGACGCAAAGCUCAGCACCCUUCGAGGAAGGGGGUAUGGAGGAGGGACUUUCCAGUGCCCCUGCCAGCCUCCUUCCUCCUCGCUGCUCACUCCCCUCCCCAUCAUGUCCCGUUCGCCGUGCUCGCAGCGCAGCACGCAGACCACGCUCUCCUGCUCCAGCUCCACCUCCAGCAACAGCUCCAGUAACAGCGAGGGCAGCCACAGCCCCGAGUCCUCACAGGGAGUCCUCUUCUCAAGACCUUCCCCAGCCCGACGCAGCCUAAGGAACCUCAGAGCCAGGCUUGAUCCUCGCAACUGGCUCCAAAGCCAGGUGUGAACUCGUCUCUCGACUGGCAUUUGCUCAGAGGUGAUUGUGAAACAGUGACUUAACAUGAGCUAAUUCUUCACCCCAUCCCUAAGGAGAACACCUUUUGGCAGGCUCUUUAACUCAGGAUGGACUAGAGAAGACCCUCCGGGAUCCAACUGGAACAUAGAAGAUGGUGACAAUCACUGCAGGAAGGGGUGGGGUUCCACAGAUUUCAGAAAGGACGGUCUUGCUUUUUUGGGGAGAUAAGAGCUGAUGCUAUUACCAUACAUUAACUCUGUUUUACUGUUCUAAUUAAGCCUUACUCAAACGGUUCAUCGCAGUGCACCAGCUGUAGUUUGACUGUAUGUGUUGAAGGAAAGGUGGAUGUUUGCGGCUCGUACCGACCUCAUUACUUACACACCAGAUCAUGGGUGAAUCUCCUAAAACUACUAUGCAGUUUUGUUUUAUGCAUGAAUUUGACUUACACACUGAGUUAAUUUUAAAAACUUGGCCUACUGCAAGUGCACACAGAAACACUGCACAUGUUCUGACUGUGAUCCAUUAGGGGGACAAAGCUCUGCUCUGGACUUCUGCAUCACUGACAGGCCGCCAUCAAAGACGAGUAACAGAUCCUGUUAAACUUCUGAAGUUCUCGUGAAAACCCGAGCCAUACCUACAAGUUUGCCACUAUGCAGUGCUUCAAGAAAAAAGAAUAAAACAUUAUACAAGGCAUACAGAAAUAACUUUUUGUAGUUUUAAUUUGAAAAUCUCUACCAGAGUAAUGCAUUGUGUCAAAAACAAAAUAAGCAUAAUCGACCAGUGUUGAAGCUAAAAAGCCAUCGUUCCUCCUGCCGCUCCCGUUUAUCCUCGUGGACUUUGAAAGCCGUCCUGGAACCAAGAACUCCAGUUACUACGAUUUGUCAAAUGCUCAAAGGCAGCAUUUAUUACUGUAAAUUAUUUUUUUAAUAAGUUAACAAACAAACCUCUCUUUUGUCUUUGUUAUAAAGCAAUUUUAUAAAUGCAGGUGUAUAGAUGUGUGAUUAUUGUUUUAUUAACAGAUCAUUUGCAGUUCUCUAACUGUUAGGAGUAAAUAACACUGUAAUAAGCCUCGGGUUUGCAGGCGUCAUGUUCUGCAUGUACACACCCUAAAAGCGGAAGUGAAGAUGAUGACAUUUCAUGUUUAAAUAAUAUAAUAUUAAAUAUAAUAAAUGAUUUACCAGUUUA